UUUUGUUCUUUUAAAAGGAAAAUAAUUGUUUAUAUAAAAAAAUAAUGAUUCUCCAGUAAAUAAAUAACUGUGGUUUAUCAAAGUAUAAUCAAUAAUUAUUGGUGCUAUUUGAAAAUUAUUAACUAACAUGGAUAUUGGAUGUAGCAUGGAUAUACUCAAGUUAAUCUUUCCCGAUGGAAUCCCAGAUUCUUGGGUGGAUAAUCCAACUUUUACCAAUCACUUAAACAAACUGGGACAAUAUAAUUUAGAAAAGCUUAGCAAAGAAUUGGAUCAUUUAAGCAUAGAGAAAGCCGGAAUUUUAAACCAGACGCAAGAUUUGGCGUUCUCAAAUUACAAAACUUUUAUCCAAACUGCAGAAUGUUCAAGAGAACUUUUUCAACAAUUCCAGAAAACAGAAAGUUCGUUAGAUUCGCUACUUGAAGGGGUGCCUAAAUUUGUGAACGAAUGUGAAGAGUUUAUGAAAAAAUGCGGGGAAAUAAAGGUGAAAAGGCAAGUCAACAGUAUCAGCCUUUUGAAGCACGGCUCGAUACUGCAGCUGCUCGAAGUCCCCCAGCUCAUGGACACCGUAGUACAGGAAGGCCUGUACGAUGACGCCCUAAGACUCGCCUCUUUCGUACGAAGGAUAGCCAAAACCCAUCAAAACAUUCCUGUCAUUCAGAGUUUGCUCAUUGAAAUAGAACAAUGUUGGAUCGGAUUAAUGGAAAAGUUAAUUAUGGAACUUCACUCGGAACUGCAGCUCCCGAGGUGCCUGCAAGUCGUCGGCGUCUUGAGACGAAUGGGCAUUUUAAGCGAAUUGGAUCUCAGGCUUAAAUUUUUACAGGCUAGAGAUUCUUGGUUUAGUUCCGUUCUCAAACAGAUCAACAAAGAAGAACCGCAACAUCUCAACAAAAUAAUAGACGUGUAUAGGACACAUAUGUUUAAUAUUAUAACUCAAUAUACAGUUGUAUUCCCUGAACAGGAAAACUCCCUGACAACCAAUACUCAACAUUUUAAUGAUUAUUCAAUACUCCAAGAAUGGAUAAAUAAUAAGGUCAAUGAGUUUGUGGCUGUGUUAGAAAAAGAGUUAUCUUCGUGCAAUGACGCCGUGGGAUGUUUAGAACAAGUGAUGUAUUUUGGCCAGUCGCUCGGCCGCGUCGGUUCAGACCUACGAGCCCUUGUCGCACCCGUUUUCGUAAAAAGGCUUACGCAAGCUCUCAUCUCUCAGAUCCAAGAAGCGACUUUACAAUUCACAUGCGAUAUGAACAAAUUUUCUUUAGAAAGCUCGUUAAACAAAGUGCAAACUUUACCGCAAUUAAACGAGCCACAGAGCGAUGUAUCUCCUCCUUUAGAUCUGAGCCUUUACUAUCCUCUUGGGCGUUACGCCAAUAGUUUGGCAUCUUGCUUUAACCAAUUAAAAUUGUGUGCUCCUCUUUGCAUUGCUCAGCCAUUUACGAGGUUACUCGAACAAGCAUUAACUACUGUCGCUACGACUAUUGCUCAGUUUUAUAGAAGGGAACAACAAGCAAUGACGAAAGAGGAAAUGGACUUGCUUUCAAAAAUGGUCGUUUGCUUCAACGAAUGUUUUGUGCCUUAUGUUCAAAGAUGCCUCCAUUUAUUGUUUUCCCCCGUCGAAAUUGCCACGUUCUUGUCUGUUCCGGUUUACAAGCUCCAGGAACAGAAACUGACAUUUUUCGAUAUGGAUCAUAUAUCGGCGCCGAUCAAUCAUCUCCUCCCUGUUACUAAAAUAGACAUAGCGGCGAUUGUCAUGAAUCAGAAAAAAGAGGACGCGGCGAAGAUUGAUAGCAAGUCAGAAUCAAUAGCAGAAGAUGAAAAUCAAACAGAUAAAGAAAUAAAAGUAUCAUAACAAAAAAACAAAAAAAUACUUAAGAAAUAACUGUGAUUUUUUAAAUCCAAUCAU